AGGCAGAGUGCCGCUACUCCUCUUCCCCACGCCAACGGAGAAGAAGCAGAAUACACGGAGCCCGAGACCCAGGGUGCGUGCGUGAAUCUUCCUCAUAUUCAAAAACCAAAUUCUUCGGAACCGAACCCGAUGCUUAAGGGAUAUUGGAGGACUGUGCGAAGACUGGAAAAAACAAACAAACAAACAAACAACAACAACAACAACAACAACAACAAAACAAUUAACCAGACGGGUGCCCUGCGCAGUACAGCAUCCUCCCUCUGCAUCUCUUUCUCAUCUCCCCCUUCUUUGCCUCUGCGCUUCUACAAGACUCCCGGCUCUCCCACCCCGACUACCCCCAGUGACUGAUCACUUACUGCAAGCCGCGAGGUGCCCCUCUUUUUCUUUUUCUUCUUCUUCUUCUUCUUCUUCUUCUUUUUUUUCGGAGUUUCAACCACAUUUCCGAGCUGCUGGGAGUACACCGCCAGAGCCGCUGAGAGCUGGCCGGACUCUAGUUUUCGUCUUCCCGAUACAGGCGGAUCACCGAGGGGACCUUGCGCGGAGUCAAAAGGACUGGAAAUUAUUUAACCCUCUCACAUCGACGUACCGCAUGGUGGGAAUUUCUGCCUCUUUUCAGUAUCGCACUGGGAAGCGCUCCACCAUGCCCGACUCACCUGCGGACGUCAAGACACAGUCCAGGUUGACCCCCCCUACCAUGCCACCCCCACCCAGUACGCAAGGAGCACCCCGCAACAGCUCGUACACGCCCACCACACUAACCAAUGGCAGCAGUCACUCCCCAACAGCGCUCAAUGGCGCUCCAUCUCCUCCGAACGGCUACAGCAAUGGACCCAGCUCGUCCUCGUCAUCUUCUCUAGCCAACCAGCAGCUGCCGCCGGCCUGUGGCGCCCGGCAGCUGAGCAAGCUCAAGCGCUUCCUCACAACUCUACAGCAGUUCGGAAACGACAUCUCGCCUGAGAUUGGCGAACGGGUCCGCACAUUGGUGCUGGGGCUGGUGAAUUCCACGCUAACCAUCGAAGAAUUUCACUCCAAGCUCCAAGAAGCCACCAACUUCCCUCUGCGACCUUUUGUCAUCCCCUUUCUGAAGGCCAACCUGCCGCUCCUUCAGAGGGAGCUGCUGCACUGUGCCAGGCUCGCCAAGCAGAACCCGGCUCAGUACCUGGCCCAGCAUGAACAGCUACUCCUGGACACCAGCACCACCUCCCCGGUGGAUUCCUCCGAGCUCCUGCUGGACGUCAACGAGAACGGAAAGCGAAGGACGCCAGACAGAACCAAAGAGAACGGCUUCGAGCGAGACAGUGCCCUUCACCCAGACGUUCAUCCCAGCAAACGGCCCUGCACCAUAAGCCCUGCCCAGCGUUUCAGCCCCUCCAACGGGCUCUCCUACCAACCCAACGGCAUGCCUCACCCAGGCCCCCUCCCCCAGCAGCACUACAGGCUAGACGACAUGGCCAUCGCCCAUCACUACCGCGACACCUACAGACACCCAGCUUCUAAUCAUCGGGAGAUCCGCGAGAGAGCCAGGCCCAUUGGUAUGCACACAGGCACCAGGCAGGAGGAAGUGAUUGACCACAGGCUGACGGACAGGGAAUGGGCAGAGGAGUGGAAGCACCUUGACCAUGUAAGAAAACUGCUGAACUGUAUCAUGGACAUGGUGGAGAAAACGAGGCGUUCCCUGACGGUACUGCGGCGGUGCCAGGAGGCCGACCGAGAGGAGCUCAACUACUGGAUCCGGCGAUACAGUGAUGCUGAAGAGUUGAAGAAGGGGGCUGCCAGUGGGCAGUCGAGGCAGCAGAGCCCUGCGGCACAGGAAAAUGCGACAUCAGAAAUUCACAGGGAGUUGCUGCACCGGCCCGUGUCUGGCUACGUCCCAGAGGAGAUCUGGAAGAAAGCUGGUACGGGAGGCUUGACUUCCUCUGUGUCCACACUCUUUCCAGAAGAGGCCGUGAAUGAGGUAAAGCGACAGGCCAUGUCAGAGCUGCAGAAGGCCGUGUCAGAGGCCGAGCGCAAGGCUCACGAGAUGAUCAGCAGCGAGCGGGCCAAGAUGGAGCGCACCGUGGCCGAGGCCAAGCGUCAGGCGGCCGAGGACGCGCUCUCCAUCAUCAACCAGCAGGAGGACUCCAGCGAGAGCUGCUGGAACUGUGGCCGCAAGGCCAGUGAGACAUGCAGCGGCUGCAACACGGCGCGCUACUGCGGCUCCUUCUGCCAGCAUAAGGACUGGGAGAAGCACCACCACGUUUGCGGUCAGACCCUCCAGGCCCAGCAGCAGCAGGCCGGCCAGCAGCAGGGAGGGGUGCCGGGAUCAGAGACCCCUGCUCCCAUCAGCUCCUCCGCCUGCACCCCGAGCAGCGGCACUGGGAGUCCGGCUGCUACCCCGCCUGCUGCUACCCCGCGCUCAUCGACCCCCAGCACCCCUUCCUCCUCCGCCCUCGACGGCACACCGCGCUAAGAGACUCGCACAGAGGUCGGAGGCAAUGGCCUCCUGGGCGUACCAGCCAGCCCUCAGCCCCACAAACAGCAUGACUGUCUACAUUGCCUUGCAAAGAUGCUUAGAACACGUGGCUAACAGGAAGAGACGGCAAUGCUUCUGUCUAUCUUGCAGCGUAGUCAUAGGAGGAGGAAGAGGAGGUCCAUAAUCAGGUCAUAUUGACUUGCCAUGACUUUAAAGAAACACAAAGAUAUUCUUUGUUUUGAAUGAAUGAAUUUAAAUAUUGACAUCCUUUUAUUGUUACACUUGCUAUUCUCGUUGUCUGUUUGUCGUUGUACCCGUUGUUGUUACUGUUGCUGUCAUCGUAGCUUAUUUUCUCCUGUAAAUAUGAAGAGACUGAUCAGAGAUAGCCGUGAACUCAAGACAAGUAUAUCUGACCUCCCCUUUUCAAAACGUUUUUAGUUUUCAUCCUUGAACUCACGCUUAUUUCCUUCCUGCACCUGAGACGCGUCAACCUCAGACAUUUUACCAAACGGCAAAGCAAGGGAACACAACUCGCCGACAGAUCGCCUGACAUCAUCAAUACACAUUGUAAAGACAGGUAAUGGAUUCAAAUACCCUGAAAGACACACGGACGGAUGAAUGAACGCGUUUGUUGCCUAGAGAAGGAGGAGGGAUGGACUGAAUCUGGUCCACAGACCACCGUGGAAUGGGCAGAUGUGCAGCAGAUUGCAAGCAGAGCCAGCUGUUCAACCAAUGCUAUUUCCCUCUCACUUGUAAUAAUAUCCAGGUCAGUGGGCUGGGAAAUACAAAUCUCAAUACCCAAAUACUCUCUGGAGGACGUGAAGGGAGGAAUUCCUGGACAAGACACAAAACUUUGCCCACUGCACAUGUGGAGGAUGUACUGAAUACAAUUUCGCACGUGCUCGUUGGGUCACAAACGCUCGCAAACAGGAAGUGAAGUCAUCACGCCACCGGCGAGACUGUCAAAUCACCUCGACAGCAGCCGCUGGGCCGCUCGGAGCCGGAGACCUACAGAGUGGAGACCGGCCCCAGACACUCUCUCCUCCCCCUUCCCCCUCCCCCCCGUCUCAACUUUGAAAAACAUUUUCAUCUUUCUUCACGUUCUUCUUCGUUUUCUGUAGAUGUCAUGGUGUUUAAGACUUCUGUCCUGUGGUGUCACCAAUGGUUAUUUAUUGUAUAUGUGUUGGACUUAUUGUGACAAUGCAUUGUACUACAACCAGUCACAACUCUUAAGUCCUUCAUAAAUCUCUUUCUAGCCGGUGCAAAAAGAGAUAAAAAAAAAACAAGUGUUAUCUUUUUUUUUUUUCUCCCCCCCUUCUCUCCCAAGCUGCUUUUCUAUUCUGUGUGUUAGUGGUAGAUUCCUUGUAGUUCUAUAAGUUCAACUUCCCUUCGUCCUCAAGAAAAGACACAAGCUAUAUCUCAGAGCUGCUACUUGAGUCCAACCCAGAUCUUUUCUGAGAACUAUGUUGUGCGGAAUGCUAACCUAAAUGUUUUGUACAAGGGACAUACAUAAAUGUAUUUGCACUGUCACAGAGGUUAUUUCGGCAUGCUUCUUUUCAGCAUACUUGUGUUAUCGGUAUAGAGCCAUAAUUCAUCAACCAUUAUAUAUGUAGUAUUAUACAUUCUUUGGAUGCGGGGAGUAGGAAAAAUGUAAAAUCACCAAACACGUUUAUUAUCGUUUUUCUCCUUGACAUGCUAAGAAAAGCAGCCAUAACGUCUUUUUUUUUGUUUGUUCAUUUGUUUGUUUGUUUGCAUAGUUACAGACAGUGCAUGCACAUUACUGAACGUUUGUAAAAUAUUUGUUAUUUUCUAGAAAAACUGAAAAAAAAACAACCAAAAAAAGUACAAAACACACACACACACACACAAAAAAAAUAUUCUAACAAACUAACUUUCCAAAUGCAGAGGUGUAGACUCCGAUUGACAGCUUUAACACUGCAAAGCACCAGGUAUCACACAGUAUUAACACAAGAGUUAAACGUUAAAAAAAUAAAUAAAUAAACACCAAAAACAGCCAAAGACUGACACCAAGGACCAAAAUCUUGAUUUAAACGAUUUCUGAACAGAGGUUUGUCUCGAGCAUUCGAUUAUUAUUUAUUUCCGCAGGUUUUGUCAGUGUCACAGCAUUAAUUUAUUUUAAGCCUUUUCCCGGGAAUCAGCAGCGCUCAUCUUGCAUUGUGAACUGAGAAAAUGUGAAACACGCGCGACGGCCGUUCACGUUUUAUCUGGAGCAAUAAUAACUGACGUGACAGGAACACUGAGGACUUCUGUAACUGCUUUUCAGAGAAAGUUUUUGAGCUUGCUUGCGCAUUUUCUCAUUCCACAAAUGUCAGGUUAAGUGUCCACUAUAGCUCCAAGUACGCCAACACCAUUAUCUGUCGCUUUGUAUUUGUUUGUAUCGAGUUACGUCAUAUUUGAGAUUGGAAAUGUGCUGCAGCUUCUUUUUUUUUCUUUUUUUCUUUUUUUAAACCUUCGGUAAAUCAAACAAACCUCUCAUUAGCAGUAAGAGAGCACUUACCCCGACUCACGCGAAGGCUCUUCACCCCAAACACCUUGGUGCUACACAGAAGCGCGUUACAAAUUCUGACCUCAAGGAACAAGUGGAGGCCGACAAAUGUUGGGGUGCAGUUUGUUUCCUCUGUACUUCCUCAUCUCUCCCUUCUUGUCUAAAUAAAUUACACACCUGCAUUCUUGACUUUAAAAGGGUUAAACAAUCCAAAAAGGUGUCUGACACCCUACUGGCGACUUCUCAGAAGCUGUGACGAAACAGCCAAGCUGUUUUAACACUAGUGUAUUUAAAGGAAAUCAACAAAUAUCUUAUGUGUUCAUCCGUAUCAGGGCAAAAAUCUGGGUUUAAAAAAAAAAAAGGAAAAAAAGAAAAAAAAAAAGGACAAGCAUUAUCACUCAAUGAUUCUUUGAGAAGCUCUAUUUUAUUUUAUUUUUUCUUUCUUCCCUCCUCUAUGUGUGUUUUGCUACAAAUUCCUCGGUGGCAAACAAGUAUCACUCUACCUCUUACAGCACGAUAAGAGCAUCAGUCACGGCGCUGAUACUGGUCUAGUCGAAACCAAAUGGGCACAAGAGAACAGGAAAACAAACAAAAAAAAAAACAACCCAAAGUCGAAGCUCAUACAGCUGCAAAACCAUAUCACUACUUGGUAACAAUGCAGACCUCAUAAAUAAAUGAAACGCAAAUGAAUAGAAGCGAGAAAAAAAAUGGUUAAAAAAAAAAACUUUUGUUAUGUUCUUUAUGCCUGUGGCGUUUCUAGAGUACAUCAAGAGUUUGAACAGAUUUAAAAAAAAAUAAAUUGUGCUAAUUUUAAAGAAACGCGUCGUCGAUUCCUACUUCAACUACGCGAGCUAAGGUCACAGAUAAGAAAUGUUUGUCUUUUUUCUUGCCUCUUUCCCCGUCACCCUUUCCUCCUUUUCUCUGUUGUGAAGACAUGCCGGAGUGCUUGUCGACUUCUCGGCUGAGGGGUCACACAAAAGGCAAAGCGUGUAAAAAGAAAAAGAAAAAGAAAGAAAAAGAAACAAAUAAAUAAAAAAUAAAGGCUAUGAAUUUAGGCAUGCCUGUUUUUUCACAAUGGGGGAAAUGAUGUUUGAAUUUCCUAAUUAUCAAUAACCAGUGGGGACAUGUAGGGGCCAACAGUGAACAGCUGUGUCAUUAAUCCAGGGGGAAUGAGUUGAACUUCAGGGGUGGGAUGGGCUUUUUCCGUUCUCUUAAGAAAAUUUAUUGUGGAAAAAAAAAGAGCUCAAAUGAUUUGAAGUUGUUGUGCAAUACUUAAUUAAGACAUGAAAACCACAGGUUAGUGGUAGGCUGACACUAAGCGGUCUUUCCAUCGCUUAGGGUCAGUGUCCUCUAGAGAGCUUUCCAGUCUACUAUGUCAGAACUGUGGUUUCUUGUUGAUUUUUUUUUUAUUAUUAUUAUUAUUAUUUUUGUUUCUUAAUUUUAAUUCUUUUUUUUGGGGCUGUAAACUAUGGUCUGUCAGUCUGUGAAACUUUGCAGUAUAAUUCUGGUAUUGUUGUUCUCUUUACGGUGUAAUAAAUAUGUUAAUUCCUGA